UACCUCAUAUGACCCUCGUUUGAUAUGUUCCUGACAAUCUAUCUACAAGCGCUUCUCAGAGAAUACGGCACACUUUUACGCAAGUAUUUAGUCUACGACUUUUCGUUUAGUGAAUGAAGACUGGCUCUAUUUUCCGUAAGCAGAAUUCAUAAAUAUCAAUUCCCAGUUACAGAGCUCAAAUCUGCAAAUCUGUGAUAGAAGCUAUUGAUCAUUAGCAUAGCUAACCCUAACCCUAAUACCAAAAUCAGCUCAAUGAAACAAAAGUUCAAUAACGCAAAUAAAAUUGACAAUAAUAAGAAGUGUGAAUUCGAGUUUUGCAACGUUUGCAAGUUGAAUCACGAUCAAGGACAGCGCCAUAAGUACUAUCCAAGCCACAAAAAGUCCCUCUCUGUUUUUCUCUCUCGAUUUCAGAGAAAGAUCUCCGACAUUCAGUUCUUUCUCAAAAACCCUAGCGUCCUCGGCCCUGAGCACGCCUCUCACAAUCGCUUCUGGUGCGUCGUCUGCGAUGUUGAUGUUGGCGAGAUAGGCAGCUCCUUUGCUUGUGCUAAUGCAAUAAAACAUCUGUCAAGUGCGGAUCAUGUGAAGAAUUUGAAGCACUUCCUGUGGAAAUAUGGCGGUGGUAUGGAUUGUUUGGACACUUUCCGAAUUUUGGAAGCUGAUGUUGCUAAGUGGGAGAAGAAGUGCAAAUUGUUGGAGAAUGAAGCUGCAGCGUCCACUGGUGGAUCUCACACGGUCCAAGUUGGACCUUCAAAUGAUAUCCGAAAUGAACUCGAUGAUAAAAAUAUAAUUAACUUCAAAAAUAAUAACUUUAACCCACUUAAAUCAAAUCUUUCAAAUGGUGUUGUGCCUUUACAGUAUUAUACGAAUGAGAAUCAGAUAUCUUCAAGACUUUCAGCAGUUACAGAGGCUAGGUCAUUUGCAUAUGAUGCAGUCUCUUCUAUGCCUGUGGAUGCAUCUUCUGGUGCAAGUUUAUGGAAUUCAAACGAUAUAACAGUUAACUGCAAUGGCCAACAGCCUCUCCCUUGUAAGAAUGUAAUAUCCUCCUUUGAUCUCAGUGAUAGAAGGCUGUGCCAGGGUUACCAAUGUGGAGGAUUGGUAAAUGGAGCAAACAGUUCACAGGGUUCACGUGAUAUCACUCAAAUUUCUACCAUACCUCCUGAAAAGUCUGGACAAAAUGUGCAUAGUGGAGCAAUUCCUCCUUGGUUUGAUAUAACUGAAGAAAAUCAGCAAAAUGUUCAAUUAAAACCAAUCUCAUCCAGCUCUCUCUACCAUUCAAACAAGCCUGGGAAAAAAUUAAAUCCAAAGAGGGUGGGAGCUGCUUGGGCUGAAAGGAGAAAAAUUGAGCUGGAGAUGGAGAAGAGAGGUGAAAUUGUCAAGAGUGAUUCUGAUGCUAACUGGCUACCCAAUUUUGGUAGAGUUUGGCAAUCAGGUAGUAGAAAGGAAUCAAGAAAAGAAUUUGAGAAGGAGAAACAAAAAUUACCGAAGAUUGAAAGGCAUUCCGAGAUGCCUAUUACAGUACAGCCUUAUGUCAGUAAAAGAAUGCGAAGGGAUGCAAGUGAAUGAUGGUCUGAAAUAAUGAUGAUUGUACUGCAGAUGAAUGAUGGUGGUGAUGAUAGACACGUUGAGAGGUCAAUAUGAACAUUCUUCUUCCAUUUCCCCUCAACUUCAAGUUUCAAACAAACUGUGCUGGAUGUUGCUGUUGAAGGUGAAGGGGUUAUUGACAAACUUUGGUCCUGAAUGGUGAAUGAGCUGUUGAGUUUAUGCUGUAAUCAUGACAAUAGUAGAUAAGUAGAUAUGGGUUGUCGAUGUUCGUCAAUGUGCUGAAAUGAAAAUAUACCAAGUCGCAUGUUAGUGGAGGUGAUUGGUGUUUUUUUUUCCCCUCACAUGUUGCAAUUCAUCGACGCAGGAUAUAAAUGCAAUGACUGCAUUCUGUGUACUUAAUGAAAUGGCAAUAUAUUUCUCCAUAUACAAAUGUUAGAAUGCCAUUACGCAAGCACUCUAUAUGUAUAUAUAAAAGUGAAACUCAAUCAGUAAAGCUUGAUAUAAUAAGUGGAA